CUCUUCUGUAACUCUAAAGUUCUGCCGGACGACAAAUACACACCCGAACUGUCAUGAAGUAAGGAAGUGGACAUACAUUUUGCUUGGCAUUGUUCCGCGCCCAGGUGCAAGCCCGGCACAACAGCAGCCCUAUAGAAAUGCCUACCUGGCCACGCCAGCAUGGCUUCCAGGAACAAAAGGAAGAGGACAGCGAAGGCAUCGGCGAGGAGCACCUGGCUGCAACCGCGGCUUCGGACCGAUGCAUUUCCAAGCUGGUCGUGUGCGCCGAUGCCAGUUCAAGCGCGAAGGGUCUGAAUGUCGAGGCGAAGAGAGUGGUCACCAUUAACGACGGGGAUUUGUCAGUACUGACGCUGUGGGACAUCCACACGCACAAGGUGAAAACUGGCGAAGGCCAAAAGCUCCCAUCCGAGCUGCGGUCUGGGCCCUCAUAUGCGUUCACUGCGUACGGAGGGCACUGGGAUGCGACUCGGCCGGACUACCUGCAAGUCGCGUUCACGCAGACGUGCAAGGUGUAUCUGCUGUUCGUGAACAAGGCGCGUGUGCCGGCAUGGGUAAAGACCAAGGGCUUCAGGCUGGUGCGCGAGUGCCAGCCCAUGGAGGUGGAGUGGGACUUGGAGCUGGCGUUCAAGAUCGUCGCGGUGAUGACUCAGCGCCUGGAAGAGUGCAAGACUGCCACCAUGCUGCUGUACGAGAGCGACAAGGAGUACGAGCCGGGAGUGGUGCACGGCUUCGGCGGCAUGGGCGGCAAGCAACUUCUGGACUACACCUAUGUGCUGCUGUGGCGCCCGCUGUCAGAAAAGGAGCUGUCUGGGUCGGCGGAAAACGCGGCCGAGAAGCACCGAAGGGACACGGAGAGUGGCGACGGUGACGCCAGCAACCGGCAGCGGCGGGAGGAGGUAUGCCGCAGCAUCGUGGCGCACGUGGUCACAGGCAACCUGGACAUGGUCAAGCAGAGCUGCAGGGCGUACAGGGACCUCCUCGCUGAGGCGCGAAGUGCAGACGGUGCGUCGCCAGCAGCAGCGGCCGCAAUCGGCUCGCAGCAGCAGCUGGCCGGCAAGGACACGGCGCCUGUCCGGGCGCCGGCUGCGGUGCGGUCGCAGGAGCCUUCCGAGUCGGGCGCUGACCCUCGGCACCGGGUGCCAGCACACGGCCACGGUGGCGGGCAGCGCCUGCUGUCCUCGGCGGAUGGCACUGCCGCGAUCGCAGUGGCCCUACCGGGCGCUCGCUCGUCACGUUUCCCCGGAGCAAUGGCAAGGCCCGCUGAGAGCCGCCGAGUGAGCGUGACCUGCGUCGCCCCCGCGCCGCUACAGCCGCCGCUGCGGACAGCUUUCGUGACUCGGUCCGGUGAGCUGCUGACCAGCCGCGCCAUCAAGGUGGACAACUGCGACCCCGAGCUGGUGCUGUACCUGGUGUCACAAGGCGCUGAGAUAAACAGCAACGUGCUCGGCUACAUCCUGGACAACGUCAAGGAGCUGCCCUGCUGCGGCUACACCAGCAUCGGCCACCUGAUGCUGUCGUACAUUUGGCACCAGCGCAACCCCAUAGCCUGCGCCAUGGUCAUGGCAGAGCAUCUGCUGAACAACAGCUCCCACCACACCACCAAGACCAAAGAGUUCAGGGAGCUCGGCCAGAAGCUGCGGAGGCUGGCUGCCUGCCUGGUGGAGAAGCUGGAGCGGCUGGUGGGCAGCUCGGCCAGCAGCAAGGUGGACGAGGAUGAAGAGGAGGUGGACGCGCAGGAGCAGGAGGGCGCGGGCGGGGGCGGGGGCGAGGCGGCACAGGCGCUUGUGGGUGGCGCGGGCCGCAGCCUGAGCGGCGGCAGUGCCGGCAGCAGGGCCGAGCCGGCGGGUAUGGGCACCAGCCUGGAGGACGUGUUGGCGCCGCGUGGCGUGGCGCUGUCCAUCAACGACGCCCAGCCCAUGCAGGUGGCGUACGACACCCAGGACGACGAGUUCAUGUCCACGGGUGUCGUGCAGGAGUACUGCAAGGCCCACUGGCAAGGGGCGGCCUACCAAGCGAAUGCGCUCGUGGAGGUGCAUGGCGAGAGCGCCGUGCACAUACGGGACAAUCGCAUGGUGUUCAAGCUGUUUUGCAACGCCGGCUUUGUGGGCAGCCUCGGGGAGCCCUUCAUGCUCAUCUUCUCCCGCAUGGCGCACAUCAUGAUCCUGUCGUGCCGCCCCUACUUCGAGUCGCCACGCGGGCGGUGGGCCUUCCGGCUCAUGUGCGAGGCCAUCCUGCUGUACGUCUUCCACGCCGUGCAGCUCAUGCGAAGUGAGGAUGGUAUCACGUGGCAGCACCUGCUGCUGACGCUGUACGUGCUGUCCAUGGUGGUGGAUGAGGCGCAGGAAGUGGCGCACAAGUACCAGCGGCGGCUGGCGGUGUACUUUACUGACGGCUUCAACGUCAUUGAGGCAAUCACCAUACUGCUGCUGCUGGGGUCGGGUGGCUGCAAGGCCGGCAUGCUGAUCAUUGGCACCUCGGACCCCGCGUGGGCCCAGCUGCGCACCGCCAAGGACUUCCUGUUCAACACCACCGCUAUGUUCCUGUGGCUGCGCGCCCUGCAAGUGCUGCUGCCGCUGGUGGGCGGGCUGGGCGCGCUACUCAUGGUCACGUCCAAGAUGGUGUGGGAGGUGCUCAAAUUCGCGGUGCUGGGGAUGAUGGUGAUGAUGGGCGUCGCAUUCACCAUGUAUGGAAUGUACAAGGAGCGGGGCGUGCCCGCAAUGGACUCCUUUGCCAACGUGCUGCUGCUGCUGUUCCGUACCUUCCUGGGAGAAACCAUGUUUGACACCAUGUUGACCGAAAAGUCAACGCUGUACAAUCUGUACGGCAACAUCGUGGUGCUGGUGUACACGCUGGCGGCCACCGUCAUCCUGGCCAACCUGCUCAUUGCCAUCAUCAGCUACCACUUCAAGCCGGAGAAGGUGGUGCCGCAGUCCAAGUUCCAAGACGCCGAAAUCCUGAAGCAGUACGAGUACAGGGUGACGCACCAGCUGCUGGGCGCGCCCUUCUCGCUGCCGCUGCUCGUCGCCAAGGCGCUGCUGCCCAGCGGCACCCGCUGCAUGCUGGGCCCGGAGGCUGCCACCUUCAUGUUCUCACUUGGCAUCAUGAACCUGGACGGGAACCCGCUGCAAGAUGAGUCUGCGGAAUCGACUUUCUUCGCCACGGGCAGUGCGGAGCUGCCCUACCUAGUAUUCCUGCUCACCUUCUUCCCCAUGCUCAUAGCCGCCACCUGGGCUCUGGGCCUGUUGAUGGCGCCCUACUGCGUCUUCUACUUCGCCGUCAAGGGCUGCAACAUCUGGCUGCCGGCCGGGCUCAGGAGCCUCACCACGCCCUGGAUGCUGGCGUCAAUGGCCGGUGGCGGCGCCAAGGGGUCCGCGAAGGGCGGUGGCGGCGCGUUGGCAGCUAUGGCAGACAGCCGCAGCAGCACAAAGGUGGUACCGGCGGGUGAUCAGCAGGCUGAUCUGCAGCUGCUGGACGCCCUGGAUGAGGACGAGGCCGCCGACGAGUGGGCCCGCGCCUUUGACAGCCCGCAACAGGAGGGCAAGCUCGCGCAGGGGGCGUUUCAGGUGCUGCAGCUGGGCCUGCUGGUGCCGCAGUGUGUGCUGUUCAUUGUGACGCGGCUGAUCAUGGCGGCAGUGGGCGCACUCAUCUACGGCGGCAUCCUGAUCGGCUUCUGCACCGUAGUUUGGCUGGGCACCUACCAAUACCUCGCGCGCAUCUUCUUCAGCUGCUUCUGGGUGCUGCUGGGCUGGAUGCAGGGCUGGUUUGGCGGCUUCCACGCGUUCGGGGUGGUGGACGACAGUGGCGGCGUGGGCUCCCGGGCGGGCUCUAGCACCGCAGCGCGCCAAGGCCAGGAACAGGGCAGCACGGUCGACGCAGCCGCCGGGGCCGCGGCCGGGCGCACGUCGACGCACGUGUUGGACCGGCGCUGGGUGCGUGCCAACCAAGCAGCGCUCAAGGACCGUGGACAGGUGUUGACCAAAGACGAGAUCAAGGCGGCCAUGUUGGAGGCCGGCUUUGCAGAGGAGUUUGUUGCAUCCGUCACGUUGGGAUAGUGUCAGGUGUGGUAAAGCUAUUGAGGCCCAAGCGCCUAGGUAGGGUACGUACCCCAUGGCCCACAUGUGUCCAGGCCAAGGGUUGCUUUCGGUCUGGGUACAUCUGGAUUUAGCAUGGUCGUGCUUUGGUGCAGCGCGCGUGUGACGCUGUGAUGGCGGUGGCUCCUAUCCGUGUGUGAUUUCGGGGUUGCCGCGCCGCCUUGCAUGCUGUCCGUGCGCUAGUGUGUCCUUGUGAUGCAAGCGAUAUUGCGCUGGAAACUCAAGAACUACUUAGCCCGCACCACACCGCAAACCGCACACACCUUGAGUCCGCAGCCCAUGGGCCGCGCUUGUGUGACCACGAUGAAGGACUGCGGCAACGUGCUGGUCUGAGGAUGCAGUGGAGAGAUAGGUGUUAUGUGUGCAGUGUGUGACAGGGGCUGCGCACGGCAUGCAGCAACCUGUCGGAGAGCUAGUGCGUGGUGGACUCAUGCUAGGCAGCUCGGGGAGCGCACAUCUGGGCUCGGCCCGAGGGAAGGGGCUGCGGAGUGCGUACUGAAUGAAAACAGGCGGGCACCGCCUGGCCAAGUCUAGGAAGCGGCGUGCGCCGCGCGGAUGCCGGUAGGUCUUGGAAUACAGACCCAGUUCCGGUAUAGUGCCUGGAUUUAACAGGUGUUGCUGAUGUUUCCGGUGUGUGGGAUAGUAGGCAGGAAAGAGCCAUGUCGCAGAGACAGCGAAUGGCCCGAACGAGUAUUCAUCUUGCGUGUCGUGUGCAGUCGGGCGGGGCAGGAGCUAGAUAUUAUGCAGGGGGGGCACUGACUGCUGAGGGCUGAGGCACUCGAGAUCUUAUGACCACGCCUCGAGAAUGCGUAAGCAGCAGAUUUCCUACGUUGUAUGCGGGACGCCCGGGAGCUCGCUGUGCCGGGUGCGUGUACGACGGUAUACGGUAUGUUGCGUGUAUGCGUGGCGCGUGCGUGUGCGCGCAUGCAUGGCCCACGAGGCGGUGCACUGCGGCAGGAGUUGACCCAAGAUUGGCAUGUGGUUGGCUUGCGUGGAGGACCUAGUUCAUUGACUGAGCGGCGCUGAUAGCGGCAUAGCGCACCAUCCCGCAUCGCGCUUUGAUGAACAGCUGCAUAGCCUGGCAUACCGCGCUUCGCUGAAGCCCUAUUGUGCUCCUGGCCUCGCAAAAGGGCAGCCGGUGAAUGCACGAAUGAAAGGACAUGCUUGCUAAU